UGCAUGGCAAAUGGCUUUUUCGUUCCGUAUCAUUGACAUGGCUGUUGCUUUAUAAAGGAUUGUGCAUAUGGUCUUUUUCCCCCUCCCUCUAUUGUAGACUAGGGUUUUUGGCAUUCAAGGACUAUCUGCUGUUGGUAACAUAUUACUUGGUCGAUUUUCCGUUCGUGAUAGUUUUACCGUCCACAUUCCUCGCUCUCUACCACAACAUCCCUCCCCUCCCUCCACUUUUUUAUUUACUUGAAAGCCCCGAAACGAAAUGGAGUCUGCAGCUGUUAACUCACACUCAUCCGUAGCAGCGGCCAUGGCCGGCCCAGGGGGAAUCGCAGGUCUCAACGGCGAUAUGCAAGGGAAAGGUUUCACUAGGAUAGUAUCCGACCUAGGCAAAAAACUCUCCCGCCGACAAGGCCCUGAAGAACUCAUGCAACGCAACAUCCUCCGUGAAGACGACCUAAACCCCUCCGUCUCAAACAUCAUCAUCCAACAAAAAAUAGCCCUCGAAUCCGAAAAAACAAAGGACACACUCAAUAGAAAAAUCGGAAACCGACCCAACAAGGUCGAUCUUAAACUCCGCAACAUCCUUCGCGUUGAUUCUAAUGAAAAUAUCGCGGAUCCCAGCUUGUUUGGUGGGAAUACACCCGUCGGUCCGUUGGAUUUACAAAAAACCUUGAAUUUCGAAGAACGACAAGAUUCUUUACGCUCCAUACUUAAAAAACGACCAGAAAAGGAAGCCCUCGAGGAAUUAAACAUUUUAAAAGCUGGAGGCAUCGAUCCUUCUCUGGUUGCCGCACAGGAACGGUUAAGGAAAUCACAAUUGUCGGAUACCCUAGAUUCGCGGUUGCGUGAACGGCCAGACCCAGAGCAGUUGGCUGAGAGGAGAAUUCUAAUGUUUGCAGAAACGGUAGAAGUGCUGCCGACCUUUAGGAAGAGCGAGUAUAAUAGGAAACCGGACGGAAAUGCCACGUUCAGAAAGUUGACACCACAGAUGAAAGUGCAGAUUAGGGAGGAAUUGAAUACUUUCAAGAAGCAUGAGAUGCCUGUGCACGAACAGAGCUUGCGCAAUACCUGCUUCCAUUAAAAAAACAUGAUCAUUACCUCCCAUUUCAUUCGUAGAUUUAGUAGUAAGUUUUUAGGAAUUUAGAUUUAGGGUUAAGGGUAGCUUCUUUUGAGUUUCUUUUUUUGUAGUAACCGGGAAUUGUAGUACACACACACUCUCUCUCUCGUUACCCACCUAUAAAAACAGCGAAAAUAUUGCUUAAAGGAAUUAGAAUUUACUUGUUCUUUUUACAUAAAUAUUAGUCUUACAGG